AUGUCCAACUCAUCCAGACCUGGCCGUCUUGAAGGGAAGAAUGCAAUCAUCACCGGCGCCGCUGGUGGGAUUGGCCUUGAAACAGCCAUUCUUUUCGUACGAGAAGGCGCCAAUGUUCUCAUGUCUGAUAUCUCUCCACCCGCUCUUGAGAAAGCCAUUGAGAAAGUCCGCUCCAUAUUCCCCUCCCUCACCACAAAGCUCGAAAUCGUCAAGUGCGACGUGUCAUCGGAGAAGGACGUUGAAGCCGUAGUCUCCCAUCUUGAAUCAUGGGGUGGCGUCGACAUAAUGUACAACAACGCUGGAAUAAUGCAUGCCGACGACGCUGACGCCAUCGAAACACCUGAGAAAAUCUGGGACCUCACGCACAAUAUCAACGUAAAAGGCGUAUGGUUUGGGAGCAAGCAUGCAGUACUGAGCAUGCGGAAGCAUGGGAAGAGGAAGGGCAGUAUUAUUAACACAGCAAGCGUUGUUGCGAUGGUAGGCAGUGCGACGCCUCAAUUGGCGUACACAGCAAGUAAAGGGGCGGUUUUAGCGAUGACCAGAGAACUGGCAAUUGUGCAUGCGAGGGAGGGAAUCAGAUUCAAUGCACUUUGCCCGGCGCCUUUGAAGUAA